AUGACUACAGGGAGUACCGGAGCAGUGUUUUUCUUAGGAACGAGAGCGCAUUAUCAAGUACUUCAACAGCCAGAAACAAGAUCUUUUGAUGUAGAGAACGGGAAUACAUCCACGGAGACCAUAUACCAGAAUCCUUCAGUGCAACAGCUGUGGCCCGCCGACCAGAGGCCUGACGAUAGAAACUGGAAUUAUCACGACAAAAGUGAAAUAUCAGUUUCGGAGGAAAAAGACAAAGCAGAGAUGGGCAACAGGUCGAAAAAAAGCAGUAAACGUAGACAGAGCGAGGCGACAUUGUGUGAGAACGACAACGAAAUGCGUCCAGCUUUAUUGAAUGAUAUUGGCGACAGGUAA